CUAUUAUUCCUAAAUCGCUUCAUCCACCAUCGAUUUAAGAGUCUAUCGGAAUAGAAACAAGAACCCAAUAGAUACUGAUUACUGUAUUUAUUGUUUAAGAUAAUAUACUCUCUGAUCAGAAUUGGUCUCAUUGAAUUCAUCAAUAUAUGAUCACUUCCUAGUAUACCUUGUUAUCUGUUCGGAUUGGACAAAUAUUAUUUGAUUAAUUAGAAUGCAUAUAUGAUUGUAGAAAUAAUUAACAUAAUAUUUGAUAAGAUGGAUUCAUCAGGCUAGCAAAAAAACUACUUUGGUUUAUAGUAUAUAAAAAUAUGUCAGAUGGAUCAUUGCAUCUGAAGAUUUCGAGAGAGAAUAUAAAAUAAAAUUACAC